GUACGUAGCUCUGCCCCUUCCUCUUGUUUUGUAAACGUGCAAUUAAAUCUCCUUCUGCCGACCGACGAUCCGCAGUGUUUAGCCAAUUUACGCUCGUCUUCUGACACAGAGCUGCAGAUAUGACAGCCAAACGAGGCCUCAUUACUGACACGUUUAAGGUAGUGAAGAAAGCCAGGAGAGACGACAGAAGAGACAAGAAACCUCCUUCACCUGCUGCUGAUCCAGAACCCCCUCGCCCAACUAAAAGAGAGACAGAACUGCAGGAGCUGAGGAAGUUUGACUUGGACUGGCGUUUUGGGCCAUGCACAGGGAUCAGUCGUUUGCAGAGGUGGGAGAGAGCAGCACUUCAUGGGCUGGACCCACCACAGGAGAUUAAAGACAUACUGCUGGAGGAGAGCAUGGACCCAGAGUACACUCAUUGCCUCUGGCGUGACUACCCCUUGUGAGGAAAGAUGAGUGACACUGCUUGAGAAAAGAGGGAAUUGUGAGAACAAAUGAUUUUCAUGUUUGUUUGAUUGCUCAUGUUUGCCUGUUGCUGUUAACUUUUGAGCUUUCUGUUUUUUUACACUACAUUUUUAAUAAAACUCCUUUAACAAAA